CUUUUUAGCAUGUCCGGUGAUUACGAAAGGCUUUCAGUUUUAGUUUGCUUAAAGGUACUUCCCCAGCAUUUUGCGCUCUUGGAAGGUGCGUCAUCUUUCAAACGUCGUGUUCUUAACGUCACUCUUUAGGGACUCUUUCUGCUUUCCGACGGUGAUAGGCCUAUAGCAAUGUCCAUGUCUGUUCAAGACCAACACCAGCUUCAGGCGAUUAAUCAAAUAGCAGAGGCUCUCAGCAGCUGUGAAAGCAGGAGGCUGCUGUACCUGUGUGGAAGUCUGGACACGGAUCCUAGUGUGACAUGUGUGAAGGAGAUACUGAAGUCCAAAGUGCUUCGCCAGGAGAGAGGUCACCUGCUUCUGACAGAGCUGAUGUUGCAGCUUAGACGUUUUGAUAUCCUGAGGAAGGUGUGUAAAACCAGCAGGGAUGAGGUGGAGAGGACUCUUACUUAUAGACAAUGUCUGCCGCGUUUCAGAGUGUUAAUGGCUAAUAUAAGUGAAGAUAUGACCAACAGUGAUCUGGACAGUGUGAAAUUCUUGUUAAGCAGUAUAAUACCACGUGAAAACUUGGAAAAAGCAAAGAAUUUCUUGGAUAUCGUUAUUGAACUUGAAAAGCUGGACAAAGUGUCCCCUGAGAGAGUGGACUUUGUAGAGGAAUGUUUAGUGAACAUCAGCAGGGUGGACCUGGCGAAAAAAGUGAUGAAGUACAAGACUUCAGUGACACCUUCUGAGCAACAAUCACAAUCACAUCAGCAUCAACUGUUCAGCUCUCCUGGUCCAAUUACCACGCCGUACAGUUCCCACUCUCCAUGCCAACCUAGACAAGGACAAGUCAUCAAUCGAGCUCCAGAAAAUAAACGUGUGACUGAAUACAGAGCGCAGAGCUGUCAGAGUCAACUUGACAGGUACAAAUUCAACACUAAUCCCAGAGGGGUUUGUGUUAUCAUAGACUGCGUUGGAAAUGAUGGAGACAUGUUGGAACAGAUGUUCCAGGCUCUUCUCUUCAAUGUCCUCCUCUACAAGUGGCUGAGUGUGGACGCCACUCUUGCAGCUCUCAGAGAGACGUUCAGACAAAGACAGAACCUCGAAGGAGACUGCUUUGUCUGUUGCAUCAUUAGCCGAGGUACAGACAGCCACAUCCUGGGUACAGACUCAAAUGUUGCAGGACUUGGUCUGGACAGCAUCAGACGUAUGUUCACUGCAGAAUCAUGCCCCAUGCUGGCCGGCAAGCCCAAACUCUUCUUCAUCCAGAGGUACAGCGUCCCUGAGUUUCAGCCCUGUGCCAGGAUGCAGCACUGGGAUGAGGAUCUGGAGACAGAUGGGUUGUACAGAAGAGAUGUCAUCCCUUCAGAUGCCGAUGUGUUCUGGAGUCACUGCUCGACGGAUGAGCGGCAGCUGGAGCAGGGACAGCAUCGCUCCGUUUACCUGAAGGCUUUGACAGAUGCCUUGCACAAAGGCAGGAGGAGGAAAACACACCUGGUUGAUGUCCAUACUGAAGUGAAUGGAGACAUCUAUGAGCACAACAAGAGGAACCCUAGAGCAAUGUACCACUUGGAACUGAAACACACUCUACGUAAAGAUCUUUACUUACAAUAGAGGGCUCCUCAUUAUCACCUUCAUUAAACUCUUCACAAUGACAGCUACUUAUUUUAUUUAACAGCACACUCCUUGCCAUAGAAGAAAAUUUUAUUGUGUAUACACUGACACCUAGUGGUGUAACUAAUAACACUUAAACUUAUAUCACAAAUGUAGCCUAACAUAUGGUUGUUUAUAUAUAUUUAAUCAUUUUAUUUUUUUAUUUUUAAUUUAAGAAGACAGACCCAGUUUGUUUUUAUUACAGACAACUCACUUUUCCAAAUAUUAAAUGUUAUAUUUUGUCAUUUUAGUUAUGUAUUUGAAUUGUGGUUUUGCUUCCUCUCAGAGUGCAGCUAAAACAUGUAUGUGUAAGCAAUUUUAUUUAUUAAUGUGAAGAUAAUUUGAGAUCCUAUCUAUCUAUCUAUCUAUCUAUCUAUUUGUUCAGCUCAGAUUAAUCCACCUUCCAAUUUACCUUAACUUUUUUUCUUGUGGUAAAGCAUGCUUUUUUUU